AUGGAAAACAACAACCUUUUCAAACCUUUGACAAUAGGCAAUAUAGUGUUGAGCCAUCGCAUAGGAAUGGCUCCGCUAACUCGCCUCCGUGCAACGGACGAUCGUGUUCCUCUGCCGCUUAUGGCCGAAUACUACAGCCAGCGGGCGGCCGUGCCGGGCACUCUAAUCAUCAGCGAGGGCACAUUAAUAUCACCCGAGUCUUGUGGUGGAUUUCCAAAUGCGCCUGGUAUAUGGAGCGAAGAACAAAUUACCGCCUGGCGAUCAGUCACCGAUAAAGUUCAUGACAAAGGAAGCUUCAUCUUCUGCCAGAUCUUUGCCUUCGGACGUGCUGCGGACAAGGAGACAGCUAAAAAGGACGGAGUCGACAUUGUAGGCCCUAGUCCUAUCCCCAUUGAUGAAACCGCACCAGUACCACGCUCUAUGACACUUGAGGAGAUCAAGCAAACAGUCCAAGACUUUGCAACAGCUGCAAAAAACGCCAUGCUUGCAGGCUUUGACGGUGUCGAAGUCCAUGGUGCAAACGGCUACCUGAUUGACCAAUUCAGUCAAGAUAAUAGCAAUCAGCGCCAUGAUGACUACGGUGGCAGCGUUGAGAACAGAUCCCGCUUUAUAGACGAAGUCAUGAAAGCUGUCGUCGACGCUAUAGGGCCAGAACGAGUCGGGCUUCGUCUUAGCCCAUGGAGUUCAUUUCAGGGCAUGAAAAUGACAGAUCCGAUUCCCCAGUUUUCAGACAUCAUACGCAGGGCUAAUAAGCUGAACUUGGCUUACCUUCACCUGGUGGAAUCUCGCAUAUCUGGCGCCGAAGACUACGAAGGCAGCGAAACACUGGACUUCGCCUAUGAACUCUGGGACAAACCGCUUCUGAUUGCUGGUGGCUACAAGGUUGAAGAUGCCCAGCAACUAAUCAAUAAAUAUCCUUCCAAGGAUAUUGUCGUCAUGUACGGAAGAUUUUUUAUUGCAAACCCCGAUCUGGUGUAUAAGAUCAAGGAAGGGCUGCAACUUACUCACUACAAACGCGAGACAUUCUAUACACCAUACGAGGCAUCGGGCUACAUUGACUAUCCUUUUAGCGCGCAGUUCCUGAAAAGCCAGAAUGUCUCAACCUAG